AUUCUUAUACAAAAGGCCACCACCACAAACGCACACUCCGACACACACACUCUCUCAAUAAUAACUCAUUCAUUCGUCACAUUUCUCAUCCUAAACCUAAAUUAGGUCUCGGAAGUUAAUGUGAUCGUCGCGCUCAUAGAUCCGUCGCGAGUUUCGACGAGAAGAUUUGUUACAGAGGUUUCUAGAAGGGGAGAGGCUUUGCAAUGGAGUCGAUACUGGCACGCGCCUUGGAGUACACCCUCAAGUACUGGCUUAAAUCCUUCUCCAGAGAUCAGUUCAAGUUGCAAGGCCGUACUGUACAGUUAUCAAAUUUAGAUAUCAAUGGAGACGCGUUGCAUGCGAGUAUGGGAUUGCCACCGGCGUUAAAUGUGGCCGUCGCCAAAGUCGGAAAACUAGAGAUAAUUCUUCCUUCAUCGGUAAGUAAUGUCCAAAUAGAGCCUAUUGUUGUGCAAGUUGAUAAACUCGAUUUGGUUUUGGAGGAGAACCCAGAUGCGGAUGCAGGUAAGAGUGCCGGCAGUACCCAGCCAUCGACUAGCUCUAGCAAGGGUAGUGGGUACGGAUUUGCUGAUAAGAUUGCAGACGGAAUGACUUUACAGGUUGGUACUCUCAAUCUUCUUCUUGAAACUCGGGGUGGUGCUGGACGUGAUGGAGGGGCAGCUUGGGCAUCUCCUAUGGCAUCUAUCACUAUGCGCAAUCUUGUGUUGUAUACAACAAACGAAAACUGGCAGGUUGUAAAUCUUAAGGAGGCUCGGGAUUUCUCCUCUAAUAAGUUCAUAUAUGUGUUCAAGAAACUCGAAUGGGAAUCUUUGUCUGUGGAUCUCCUGCCUCAUCCUGAUAUGUUUGCUGAUGCUAACAUAGCUGGCUCUGAAGAGGGAGCAGAUCAGAGAGAUGAUGAUGGUGCUAAGCGAGCUUUCUUUGGUGGGGAGCGCUUCCUUGAAGGAAUUUCUGGCCAGGCUUAUAUUACAGUGCAGAGGACAGAAUUGAAUAGUCCACUGGGGCUUGAGGUUCAAUUACAUGUAACAGAGGCUGUUUGUCCUGCAUUAAGUGAACCAGGAUUACGUGCUCUUCUCCGCUUCUUGACGGGGUGUUAUGUAUGUCUAAAUAGAGAAGAUGUGGAUCUAAAGGGUCAGCAGCGAUCUACUGAAGCAGCUGGACGUUCUUUAGUCUCAGUUUUGGUGGACCACAUAUUUCUCUGCAUCAAAGAUGCUGAAUUCCAGCUUGAGCUUUUAAUGCAGUCACUCCUCUUUUCUCGGGCAAGUGUUUCUAAUGGAGAAACUGCCAGUAACUUGACUAAGGUUUCCAUUGGUGGAUUUUUUUUAAGGGAUACUUUUUCACGUCCUCCGUGCACUUUGGUCCAACCAUCUAUGGAGGCAGUCACUGAAGAUUUUCUGGACAUUCCUGACUUUGCUAAGAAUUUUUCCCCUGUAAUAUAUCCUCUGGGCGAUCAGGAGUGGCAGUUAAGUAAUGGUGUUCCUUUGAUAUGCCUUAAUUCUCUUCAGGUCAAACCCUCCCCAGUCCCACCUUCUUUUGCUUCUCAGACGGUCAUCAGCUGCCAGCCACUUAUGAUUCAUCUUCAGGAAGAAUCCUGUUUGAGGAUAUCUUCCUUUUUAGCUGAUGGAAUUGUUGUCAACCCUGGUGCUGUUUUACUGGAUUCUUCAGUUAAUUCCCUUGUAUUCCUUCUUAAGGAAUUAGAUGUUACUGUUCCUUUGGACAUGAAUAAAUUGGAUAGUCCUGCGAGUGAAGGAAACCUUACUGCACAGAGCUCCUUUUCUGGAGCUAGGCUUCAUAUUGAAAAGUUGUUCUUUUCAGAGUCACCUAAAUUAAAACUUGGGCUGCUGAAUCUGGAGAAGGAUCCUGCUUGUUUCUGUCUGUGGGAGGGUCAGCCAAUUGAUGCUAGCCUGAAGAAAUCAACUGUUGGAGCAUCACAUCUUAGUUUGUCUCUGGAAACAUGUAAUAACAUAACUGGAUUUCAUAAUUCUUCUGGUGAGAAUUCAGGGUUGUGGAAGUGUGUUGAGCUGAAAGAUGCUUCUGUUGAGGUAGCUAUGGCAUCUGCUGAUGGUAAGCCAUUAACUAUCAUUCCUCCUCCAGGUGGUAUUGUCAGAAUAGGUGUUGCUUGUCAGCAAUAUUUAUCAAACACGUCGGUAGAGCAGUUGUUUUUUGUCCUGGAUCUCUAUGCAUAUUUUGGCAGAGUGAGUGAAAAAAUUGCUCAAGUUGGAAAACGUAAAAGGUCAAAGAGAAAUACUAAUGAAUCUUUGGGGGUAAAGUUGAUGGAGAAUGCUCCCAGUGAUACUGCUGUAAGUUUAGCAGUGAAGGACCUUCAACUAAGAUUUCUUGAGUCUUCUUCCAUGAAUAUAGAGGGAAUGCCUUUGGUUCAGUUUAUUGUGGAAGAUAUGUUCACCAAAGUUACUCAUAGAACUCUUGGUGGUGCAAUUGCUGUUUCAUCCACUUUACAUUGGGAGACCGUUGAGGUGGAUUGUGUUGACACUGAAGGAAACUUGGCACAUGAAAAUGGUACAAUGUUACCUUCUGUUGAUGACAGUCCUCGGGUCAAUGGAAACGGACACCCACAGCUAAGAACUGUAUUCUGGGUAGAUAACAAAAGAAAGCAUCAAUUGAAUGGCAAUGCAUUUGCGGUUCCUUUUCUGGAUUUGAGCGUGGUACAUGUCAUUCCUCUUAGUGAAAGGGAUAGAGAAUGUCAUAGUUUAAGUGUAUCAGCUUGUAUUUCAGGUGUUCGCCUUGGCGGAGGUAUGAACUAUGCAGAAGCCCUGCUCCAUCGAUUUGGAAUACUUGGGCCUGAUGGUGGUCCGGGAGAGGGGCUGUCUAAAGGAUUAAAGCAUUUAUCAGCAGGGCCAUUGUCAAAACUUUUCAAAGCAUCACCUCUCACUGUUGAAAAUCUAGGAGAGGGUGGAAGUUCAGGAGAUGGGAGAGAUGGUCUUCUGCAUUUGGGAUUGCCAGAUGAUGUGGAUGUAUCUGUGGAAUUUAGAGACUGGUUAUUUGCUCUUGAAGGUGCACAGGAGAUGGCUGAAAGGUGGUGGUUUUACAGUCAAGAAGAUAUGAGCAGAGAAGAGAGGUGUUGGCACACAACCUUUCAGAGUUUGAGUGUGAAAGCAAAAAGUAGUCCAAAGGAAAUUCUGAUUGGUAAAGGAGAUUCACAGAGAACCCAUAAAUAUCCUGUGGAAUUGGUUAUAGUUAGUGUGGAAGGUUUGCAGACUUUGAAGCCUCAGGUCCAAAAGGAUUUACCCCAAGCUGUCUUUCCUGUGAAUGGGUUCAAAGAAAGUGCUGAGAGAUUUGGAGGUGUAAAUGUUGAAGUUCGUUUAGUGAUAUUGGAGGACAAUGCUGAGAAUGAGAUGGUCAGCUGGAUGGUGGAGAACUUGAAAUUUUCUGUUAAGGAACCGAUUGAAGCCAUUGUGACCAAGGAUGAGGUUCAACACCUUGCUUUUUUGUGCAAGUCCGAAGUUGACUCGUUGGGUCGGAUCACUGCUGGAGUCCUGCGGCUACUCAAGCUGGAAAAGUCAAUUGGCCAGGCUGCCAUAAAUCAACUUAGCAAUCUUGGGAGUGAGGGAUUAGAAAAAAUUUUCUCCCCAAAACACAGCAGGGGUAACAGUGGUCGUAGUACUCCAUCAGCAUUUUUUAUUAAUGAAAGCCCUGUUGCAACACUGGAAUCAACUGUAACUUCACUUGAGAAGGCAGUUUUGGAUUCCCAGGUCAAGUGUGCUGCUCUCAUCACCGACUUAGAUAAUUCAGAAUCUUCCAUUGAUCAUCUUUGCAAUAUUAAGCAACUCAGCGAGAAACUGGAAAGUAUGCAGAGUUUGUUGACGAAAUUGCGGACUCAGAUGUGAUUGCUCUUCUCCUGCUAGAGAAAAGAAAAGCCUUGUUUUGCCAUUCCUUGAAUGAUGGAAGUAUCCAAAGUUUGUUGAUGACACGAUUGCAGACUCAGAUUUGAUUGGUCUUCUCCCGCUAAAGAAAAGAAGUCUUUCCUGCCAUUAUUUGAUGUACAAUUUUGGGAUGAAAAGGAUCCCAAUCACAUAGUUCACCAAUUCUUUUCUGUAUAUAGUAUAUAGGUAGAAGUUCCUGAAAGCUGUUUAUAGGACCAAUUUUGUAUCCUGAAUAUGACAAUUUUUUUGCUUCUAUAUUAUAUACUUAAAAUAUUUUUGCACUCUACCUUGCUGAAGAAUCAGGAGAUGGAUUCAUGGUUAGUCUUGUUUGGGAAUGCGAUACACGUCAUCAAUUGUUGGUAUGAAACUAAGAGAGAUUAAACAACACUACUGUGUAUU